AUGAAUAAAUUAUUAAUCCUAAUAGUUAUAAUUUUCAAGUUAGUGUUAGCUGACAGAGAUAUCUGUUACGAAGACAAUUAUGGUUUUAAAAUAAUCGUUAAUUACUGUUAUUCAGGUUAUAAAUGCUGUAACAUUAAUAAAUGCUGUAGAGAUUAUGGUAGUUUUUGGUGGGUUUUUCUGAUAAUAGUUUUAGGUUUAGUUUUACUUUUCUAUCUUUUGAUAAAAUUUAAUUUCUUUACUUGCUGCUGCAGAUAAUCCUAAUCCUAAUCCUAAACCCAAACAUAAACAUAAACUUAAACCUAAACAAAUAACAAUUAAUAAGAAUAAAUAUAACAACCUUUACUACAAAAUCGUCCUUCAAAUUAAAGUUCAACUAGAUUCUAGCCAUUUUCAGGUACUGGUAUAAGGCUCUCAAACAAUAAUAAUUAAUAAACUAAUGAAAAUAAUAUAUGA